AUGAAGGGGUUUGAGAGCCGGAUAAAGACGCUUGAGGAGUGUAUGAGAGAGGUGGAGGAGAGACAGAGGAGCGUGUUCCGCAACGGUAACGAUGACGGGGGUGCAGAUCAUAAGAAUGAGAGCGGUAUGGAUUGUGGCAGCAGAACGGGCUGCAAGCGCAAUGACUUGGAAUGCAACAACCAUAGCAGUGCUACGCCCGCUCCUGCCGAUGUAGCAUCGUACAACACAUUCAACAACAUCACCAGUUCUAACGCUCAGCUGCUCACCAAUCUUUCGAUCCUGUUUCCCAACAAAGACAGACACGCGAUCGCAAACGUAAUAAGCACGCACGAUACGUUCGAUGCAAUGAUAAACACGCUGAGCAGGGACAGCACGGUGAAGUUGACGUGUAAAGAUGUGUGUGAUGAUUUAAUACAGCAGGAUAUACAGCGUAAAAUGUGUUGGACGAUAGCUAAGGAAUGUAGCGGUGGGAAGAGGGGAGAAGCGAACUAUUCUGGAGUGCUCGGACAUGCUGGCAGUACGGAUGGUGCAAAGAACGGGGUCUUGAACUAUCCGGAGGUGUUUAACGCCGCCACACCGGUAAAUUUACGUGAUAAAACUGAUCCGCAUUCUACAUCCGAACAGCGCGUAGAACAGCUGCGCAGCUUAGCUCAGCACUACCGCACCUUGUACACGUCUACCAAGCAGUUAUCGGUGACUCACAAGAGAAACAAACCGCUCAACAAUUACUACGUUGACAAGGCUGAGCAGUACAAGCAAAACAGUGAGCACGUGAACAGACAAGCAGUGAUACAGCUGAUGAAAGACAAGAUAAGUGAUAAUAGGAUAGACUUGCACGGCUUGUACGUGUGGGAGGGAUUGAUGGUGCUCAGUGAUUACGUGCGCACGUAUAAGUUCAAGAGAUUUUAUGUGUGUGUGGGAAGAAAGGAGAAGAGCUUGAGGAUGAGGCCCGAGGUGAUGGAAUACUUGGCGAGAGAAGGGUUUGCGGUGGAGAGUGAAGGAGCAUGGCUGCGUGUUACCAAGGAGAGACACGGAUCAUAGAAGAGACUGUUCUUGUGGACAUAUCUGGAUUGGUGAGAGGAAAGAUUCUUAUAGAUGAGCAAAGAAUGAUGGCAGAGCUCGUUAAACACAUUUUUUAAAAAACAUCAUUUAUUGAUUUUUAUACGUUGCACCGAUCAGAUAAACACACUUUUCAGAUUUACCGGGUACGACUACGGCCUGAGGUUCGUUGAAGCGAUCAGUGCAUCAACUUGCACAACAAUCUAG